AUGGCGACUGCACUGAGAAGAUCUCUGAACCCUAAUCCUCUGUCUUUAGCUGUCGCUCUGUCUCUCCUCCUCGCGGUCUCCUCUGCAAAAGUAUUCUUUGAGGAGCGUUUUGAUGAUGGAUGGGAGAACCGGUGGGUCAAAUCUGACUGGAAGAGAAAAGAUAACACGGCGGGUGAGUGGAAUUACACUGCUGGAAAGUGGCAUGGAGACUCAAAUGACAAAGGUAUUCAGACAAGUGAAGACUAUAGGUUCUACGCCAUCUCGGCCGAAUUCCCUGAAUUCAGUAAUAAAGAUAAAACAUUGGUUUUCCAGUUCUCUGUAAAGCAUGAGCAGAAGCUAGACUGUGGUGGUGGAUACAUGAAGUUACUCAGCGGUGAAGUGGACCAGAAAGAAUUUGGUGGUGACACCCCGUACAGUAUCAUGUUCGGACCAGAUAUCUGUGGCUACUCCACCAAAAAGGUUCAUGCUAUUCUGACCUACAAUGGAACAAACCACUUGAUCAAGAAGGAAGUUCCAUGUGAGACUGACCAAUUGACUCACGUCUAUACCUUCAUCCUCCGCCCAGACGCUACUUACAGCAUCCUCAUUGACAACUCGGAAAAGCAGACUGGUAGUUUGUACAGUGACUGGGAUAUUCUCCCUCCAAAGAAGAUCAAGGACCCUGAAGCUAAAAAGCCCGAAGAUUGGGACGAUAAGGAAUAUAUUUCUGAUCCAGAUGAUAAGAAGCCGGAGGGUUAUGAUGACAUCCCGAAGGAGAUUGUGGAUCCUGAGGCCAAAAAGCCUGAGGACUGGGAUGAUGAGGAGGAUGGUGAGUGGACUCCUCCAACCAUUCCCAAUCCCGAGUACAAGGGCCCCUGGAAGGCAAAGAAAAUCAAGAACCCCAACUACAAGGGCAAGUGGAAGGCGCCAUUGAUUGAUAACCCAGAGUUCAAGGAUGACCCAGAUCUCUACGUUUUCCCUAAAUUGAAGUAUGUUGGAAUUGAGUUGUGGCAGGUGAAAUCAGGAACAUUGUUUGACAACAUCUUGGUAGCUGAUGACCCGGAAUAUGCUAAACAAGUGGCUGAAGACACAUGGGGCAAACAAAAGGAUGCCGAGAAAGCAGCUUUUGAUGAGGCAGAAAAGAAGAGCGAAGAAGAGGAAUCGAAGGAUGAUGAGGACCCACUAGAGUCUGAUGCUGAGGAUGGAGAUGAUGAUGCUGAUGACAGAAAAGACGCUGAUGAUGAAGAAAUCGAUGCCAAAUCUGCAGAAGAACCAGCUGAUGGCGAUAAACAUGACGAACUGUAA